CGUUGGCUGUGCGCAUGUGUAGUUUGCGGCCAUAUUGCCGUUGCUAUGGUGACGUGAUUUGUAAUCAAAUAAGCAUCCAAUAAGAAACUGGUGGAAAAUACGGAAAAACUAAAUAGUUUGAAGUAGAAAAACAAAAUCGUUUCAGUGUUUCAUUUUUUUCUUUGCGGUUAUAAAAUUAUGACCUGAGCCGGUUGCUGUCAAGUGUAGCCUUGUGGAUAGUCAGGUCUUCGGUUCAUCUGUUCUGCAAGUGGUGACGUCAUGGGGUGGGAAUGGUGCUUACUGGCCCUUUUGGGCUUGGCCGUGGCGCAGGGUCCGGAAAAACGGCGGACCGGGAACGUUUGCAGCGUGGAUAUGGAUUGUCCAGACAACGCAUUCUGCAGACAGGCUAGCUACUGUGUUUGUAAGGAUGGCUUCGUGUACGCGGCGGUUAAUGGUACCCACAAGGGCUGCUUGAAAGAGGGACACUUCGGCGAGGCGUGUGCUCAGCACAUCCAGUGCCAUUCGACGAUGGGUGUCCACGCGCAGUGUUCACCAACUGGCACUUGUGCAUGUAUGCCGACUGCGCAUCUAGAAGGAGAACGAUGUUACGAAACGGCUGUGGUCGGUGAGCGUUGUCUCGUGGAUAUGAACUGCUACCUGGGCGAGACGGGUCCUGACCGGCAGGCAUUCUGCGUCCGUGGAUACUGCACCUGUCAGUUACAAUACAGCCCUCGAGAUAACGGUACCAGGUGCGUCCGCGACGCGACACUUGGGGAGGUUUGUGAAGAUGAGUUACAGUGCGCUGGCGCAGGACUCGAGUGCCGCGGCACUUGCCGCUGCCGAGACCGCUGGGUUGCCAACAACCACACCAACUCCUGCGUCGAAGCGGUGAAAUCUCUGAACGACCCGUGUGAGUACGACGUGCAGUGCGCGGGGCUGGUGGGCGCGGAAGAUUUGCCGUCGACAAGCCUGGCUCUAUGUUUGGGUGGUACAUGCUCUUGUGCAUACAGCGCGCACGCGGCUGGUUCCCCGCCGCGAUGUUGGCCGCGCCGCCGCCCUGGUCAGGACUGCAAGCGGGACGAGGAAUGCGUCUCAGAAGAAGAUGAGCCAGGCUACUGUCUGUCCGGGCGAUGCACUUGCAAGACGUGUACUCCGGACGCGAGUGAUUUUGGCGGCGCUAGCACGCUGCCCCGUCCAACAUUGCUCGCCGCCGCCAUCUUGUCGAUCGCCGCCAUCUUGCGGCAAUGACCGCCAUACUAAUUACGAAAUGAGGCGUUAGUUGUUUUGUUGAUAAUUACAGAUUUUAUCUGCACGCGGAUGUAUCGACUCGAAAUAUUUAACAACUACGAAAGUAUACAGCUUCCGAAGCCGUAAAAUUACAAGAACAUUUAAAUCAGUGGUUACCGCUAAUUGUUGAUUGAGAAAUAGUUCAAGAGUUUUCAUAAUUUAGUCAUAAUAAAUAGGAUAGUGUGUUUGUAUUGAAUAAGGUAAACAAAUCUCAUAGAUUUUACCAAGCACCGUUAUAAUAUUGUUGAUUAUAUGUAUAAAAUUAUUUACUCCCUUUGUAACAUUUAUUAUGCAUAAUAUUUCUAUUGCU